GAAAAAUAAUAAGAAAUUUAGUUUAAGACUUUGCCUACGUUAUUUUUUGUCACCCUUAUGAAAAGUCUUUAUUUGACGUAUUUUUUCUUCUUCCUGUUUUAGGAACUAAGAUGCUCUUAUGCUUUGAUACUUACUGCUUGUUAUUGGAUUCUGGAACCGGUACCGAUUCCUGUUACUGCACUCUUACCCGUGAUUUUAUUGCCCGUAUUAGGUAUUUUAAGUUCGUCAGAAGUAACUGCCAAUUAUAUGAAGGAAAUAAUUAUGCUGAUUCUCGGAAGUUUAAUCACGGCUGUGGCUGUUGAGGAGAGUAAAUUACACGAAAGAAUUGCCCUCAAGAUUCUAUUGUUACUUGGCACUGAAUUGAAAUGGCUUCUUCUCGGUGUAAUGCUCUCUACGAUGUUCCUAUCAAUGUGGAUUAUUAAUACUGCUGCAACAGCCAUAAUGAUUCCUAUAGUAGAAGCUUUAUUGCAGAAAAUUAGCGCAUCUACAAACAGAAAUGAAGAGCAGGGAAAAGCAGCACCUAUAUCAGAGAUAUCUGUGACAGAAAGUAAAAAUAUUGAAGAUCCCGAAGAUGAUCGAAUUUCCAGAGAUGAAUUCUCGUCUCAGAGCAAAUCACAGAUAAGAACUGCUUUUUUUCUUAGUAUCUGCUAUUCAGCAAAUAUUGGUGGAACAGGAACGUUGACUGGAACCGGAGCAAAUUUUCUAUUAAAAGGAUUAAUGGAAGAGUAUUUUCCUGGGAGUAAUGAUAUAAAUUUUGCCUCAUGGAUGAUGUACAAUGUUCCUGGAAUGCUCGUCUGCAUUUUCAUUGCGUGGAUCUUUUUAUGGAGAUUAUACAUAAGAAGUUCGAAACAGGCUGCCUCGUUAAAAGAAGAUUUGCUUGAAAUCUUAUCAAAAAGAUACAAGGAACAAGGAUCUUUAUCAUAUUCACAGAUACAAGUUUUAGUAUUAUUCAUCAUUUUAUUGUUACUGUGGCUGACUCAGGAUCCAAAGAUUAUGAAUGGAUGGGUUACACUAAUAGGAUUUAAGAAGAAGAUCGGCGCUGUUGUACCUGCUAUAGCAAUAUCUUUCCUGUUAUUUCUUUUGCCUUCCGAUAUCAGAAACUUUAAAAGUGGACCUAUUUUAAAAUGGAAGAAAGUGCAGAGAAAUAUUCAAUGGGAAAUAUUAUUAAUCAUUGGGGGAGGAUUUGCUCUUGCAGAUGCCGCACAGAAAUCAGGAUUGUCGACAGUAGUUCAGAACCAUAUGACGUCACUUCGAGUGCUGCCCUCUGGUUUAAUUGUAUUAAUAGUUUGCUUAAUAACAACCACGAUGACGGAAUUUUUGACCAAUAUAACGACAAACAUCAUAUUGUUUCCUAUAAUCAGUCUAAUGGCAAGUGCGAUGAGAAUGAAUCCCUUGUAUGUGUUAUUGCCUUUAACUGUGACAAGUUCUUUCGCUUUCAUGCUGCCUGUUGGAACACCUCCUAAUGCAAUUGUAUUUGCAAGCAGUAAUAUGAAAAUCAUGGAUAUGGUUAAACCAGGUAUUUGGAUGAAUAUCGUGUGCUUAGCUGUUCAAAUGCUCAUGAUAAAUUCUUUGGGAGCUGUUAUAUUUGAUGUCCACAAUUUUCCAAGCUGGGCCAAUAAUACUGUUCUACCUGUUACUAUAAUGUCAUCUAACGAAACAUUACUUAAUAGCACUGCAAAAUUUUAAUUCUUUGAUAACAGUAAAACUUUGCCGUCUUUUAAUCUGUUUUGCAGUCAUUCAAUGUCCUUCUGAGGCAUUGUUGUAUUUAAAUUUAAGAUUUAAAUAUCUCUGAAAGAUUUAUAUUCAUUAUGCAUACAAUAACUGAAAAUAAAAAAAGCGAAAAAAAGUGAGGAAAAUAAUAUUUUUUUCUUUCUAAAAUAUAUGAAUUUACUGUUGAUUCACAGUAAAGAAUGAGAAUAAUCUAAAUCUUAUUCAAUUAAUUAAGAAGCAUAAAUUGCUGAUAUUUUGUUGUUUUAAUUCUGUCUUUGAAUGGAUCUCAUAAAAAAUGAAAUAAAAGUGAAUGAUGUGCUAUUAUCGCGGCUUACUGUUAUUUAUCACGUAGUUCUCUAGUAAGCAACGUUCGCCAAAACAAAAAUAAAUCUUUCUAAGUAGAAAAUUUAUGUUUUUAAACUAUAAUGGGAAAUUCCUCAAAGCAUUAAAACGUGACAUUAAAAACAAACUUAAAUACAUCAAUUAUAAACAUAUGUAUUGAACAAUGAGAGAGAUAAAUUAUUUUCGUAAAUGAAGAUAACAUUUUUAUGUACUAUAAAAUUAGAGCCUAUCCGAUUCGGUGGUCGUUAAAAAAUAAUUUUCGAAUUAUUAUUGACGUUACUCAUAUUUUAAUAAUUAUGGUAAUAGGUCAUACAGGCUUUGUAAUAAUAGAUAAUUGAUAGUAUCGUAAUACGUACUCAAAUGGCUUUUACCACCAAGCUUUUAAUUUUUUGUAUGACAUUUGUGACAAAUUUAUCAUUAAUUUCAUCACUUAAAUAUUAUUGUAAGAUUUUUUUCCCUGCUUGUAAGCCUUUGUAAAGCGUAUGUCUAAUUUGUCUAACUAAUGAAGUGUCUAAUUAAUGAAAAAUUUAGUUGGAUUUAGACCAGUAGAUCGGAGAUUUUAAUUGCAAUGAAAUAUUAUAAGAAAUUUGAUUCUAAUGUUUCGAAUGGUUCUAAAACACGGGAAUUCAAUUUCAGAUCCAAAGUACGAAGAAGUAGACCAUAAAAAUAACACACAAUAUGCAAAAAUACUACAAAUGUAUCGUUUAUUUACGUAACAUUUUAAAGUUCGCGAGUGGGUCGUCGGGAUACCAAAA